CCUUUCAAGGAGCAGGCUGUCUUAAACUUCCUAGCCGCAGUCAUCUUCAGCAGGGAUUACAGCAGUGAAUUGCUGCGCCCCGAGGUCCCGCCCGCCGCGCCCCGAGGUCCACCACACCCUCCCAAGGUCCCCACGCACGAUUGGCUUCGCUUCAAGACCGGCCCCCUGAUGCCCUGUGCUCGCCCCCAGGCCGCUAGGCCGUUUCACUGAGGGUGCGCUUGGCGUCACGCAUACCCGGAAGCGGAGAGCGGCGAGUGGACGUCUCAGCGCAAACUGUAAAGACUUAUGGACGAAGAAGCCCAGAAGAGGAAAGAACAGGAGUCAGGCAUGGCUCUUUCUCAGGGACAGUUGACCUUCAAGGAUGUGGCCAUCAGAUUCACUCCUGAGGAAUGAGAGUGCCUGAACCCUGUUCAGGGGGCCUUGUACAGGGAUGUGAUGAUGGAGACCCUUAAGAAUGUGCUCUCUGUGGGGAUGGUUAACCUUCAAGGGUGUGGUGAUUGAAUUCUCUCAGGAGAAGUGGAAAUGCCUGGACCCUGUUCAGAGGGCCUUGUACAGGGACAUGAUGUUGGAGACCUAGAAGAACCUGCUCUCCCUGGACCUCUGAAGACUUGUGUUGCCUGAGGAAGCCCUGAAGUUGAGGAAGAGGAAAGAAAAGGAGUCAGGCAUGGCUCUUUCUCAGGAACAACUGACCUCUGAGGAUGUGGCCAUCGAAUUCACUCAGGAGGAAUGGGAAUUCCUGGACCCUGCUCAGAGGGCCUUGUACAGGGAUGUGAUGAUGGAGACCUACAGGAACCUACUGUCUGUGGAUAUCUCUCCUACACAUGUGAUCAAGCGUUUACAACCCAAAGCGAACAGUGAUAAACGAGAACCAUUCCAAACAUUGAUGCUGGGAAGAUCUGAAAGCUGUGAAAUCAAACAUUUUCAUCUUUUGGAAAGUCAGGAAAAUAUAUGUGACUUUGAGUGUCAGUGGAGAGAUGACAAAAGAAAUGAGAAAGAAUCACCUGUAAGCCUUGAUGGAAAUGUGCCUGAUAGAAGAGAUUCACAUGAUAGAAAGGAUGUAGGAAUCAAGCCCUUGGGAAACAGGCUUGGGUUUAACUUUCAGGAAAAACUGCAGAUAAUUGAAACUGGCAGGACAAUUUCUGAAUAUAAUGAGGUUGAGAGGUCUGUCAACAACAGUUUCUCAUUUUCACCACUUCAAAGAAUUCCUCCUUGUGUCCAAACCAGUGUUUCUAAUAUAUAUGGGAAUGAUUUUAGCAAUCUUUCAGUAAUAACACAAGACCUCAAAGCACACAGGGUAAAACCUUGCAAAUGUGAUGAGUGUGGGAAAGCCUAUCUUAAGGGCUCAUACCUCAUUAAACAUCAGGCCAUCCAUACAAGAGAGAAAUUACAUAAACGUGAAGUCCGUGACAAAUUGUUUGAUCAAAGUUCACAGCUUGCACGUCAUUUGAAAAUUCAUUCUGAAGUGACAUGUUACAAAUGUAGUGAGUGUGGCAAAACCUUUACUGAUGGCUCACACCUCAGGAGACAUCAGAAAAUUCAUACAGGAGAGAAACUAUUUAAAUGUGAUAUCUGUAACAAAGUCUUCAGGCAAAAUGCAUACCUUGCUGUUCAUCAGAGGGUUCAUACUGGAGAGAAACCUUACAAAUAUAAUGAGUGUAGCAAGCACUCUAGUCACUCUUCACAGUUCAGAAGUCAUAAGAGAUUUCAUACUGGAGAAAAACCUUACAAAUGUGAUGAGUGUGGCAAGGCCUUUCGUGUAAAAUCAAUCCUUUUAAGGCAUCAGACAGUUCAUACUGGAGAGAAACCUUACAAAUGUGAUGAGUGUUGCAAGGCCUUUUGUGUAAAGUCAAUCCUUUUAAGUCAUCAGAGAGUUCAUACUGGAGAGAAACCUUACAAAUGUGAUGAGUGUGGAAAAGUCUUGAGUCAAAAACCACAUUUUCGACUUCAUUGAAAAGUUCAUACUGGAGAGAGGCCUUUCAGAUGUAAUGAGUGUGGCAAGUUCUUCAGUCACAAUUCACACCUUACAAGUCACCGGAGAAUACAUAUAGAGAAACCUUUCAAAUGUUUCGAGUGUGGAAAAUCCUUCACUCAGGUCUCAGCACUCAGUAACAUCAGAAAAUCCAUACAUGAGAGAAACUUAUGUGAAUGUGGUAUAUGGUAGAAGUCUUCAGAAUUCAAAGUUCAAACUUCACACCCUAAUGUUGGUCAGAGAAUUCAUACUACUGAGAAACCAUACUACUGAGAAACCAUACAAAUAUCAUGAGUGUGGCAACGUCUUAGGCUUCAUGGGAAAAUUCAUACUGGAUAGAAGCCAGAUAUAUAUGUGUUUAUUAGUCAGGUUAGAACAUGUCAGGUAGAACAUGAAUUCAUUCUGGAAAGAUUCCUCACCAGUUUCACAAAUGUGAAAGAAAAAACCCUGUCCUCACAGCUCACAUCUCUCCAGUAGCAUCAGAGUAUUUAUCCUGGAGAAAACACACAGCAAUGUCAAGUGUGUGGCAAGGAGCUUACCCCAAAGUCACAAGAUAGGAACAUAGUGGAGCCAUGCAUCCCAGACUCAGUGGUUGUGGCUAGUCCUUUACCUUUUUCUAUGUAUUCUCUGAUGACUUUAGUUCAGGUACUCAGCCACUGGAGGAAGCCUAUAUUUGAAGAGAAGCUGUAUAGAUCUUUUCAUGUAAAAGAAACCCAAAUUCUAACUCAGCAAAGAUGAUUCUUUGGGACAGUAAUCCACCAUCUUUUUGGUCUCUUGGCUUUCUGAAUAAAGUUACUAUUCCUUGCCCAACAAAUA